CGGCAACAGCACGACUGCAACACCUUACACUGGACUACACCGUAUUGGAGAGCAGCACCGGAUGCGACAUACAGGUCCGAAGCUUCCCAUCACUGUCGCCUCGUGUGCACACGAGGAGCCUGCUGCUGCUUCUCGUGGCAGCUCCCGCGUGCAGCGCGUCAUCAUGUUCAAGUUUGGCUUCUAUCCCCCCUCAUCAAACGAGGAGCAGCAACAAGAACAGCUGUCUGCUGUUGCGAACGAGGACACUGCUGUGACCGAUCCUGAUCAGUAUGCCGCGCGGCGGAUUAGGCACGUAGGAGAUGGUGGAGCUACAACAAGGGCUGACGGAGAAGCAGGCACAACAGCAACUUCCCAGCCGGCACAAGCUGUGGCGUGGAAGUCUGAGGACCUCACUCUCUUGCGCGUCGUCCCUUCAGCAAAAGCCUGCCCAGGCGUGCCUGAAGAGAGCGAUCUCGUGCCGGGACUGUAUGAAGGGGGUCUCAAGGUAUGGGAGGCCAGCCUCGACCUCGUGGAACACCUCUUGUCAAACUCCUCCUCUUGUCCCGUGGGUCUCGACGGUGGCAGCGGCGGGGACGCGAGCGUUGGGAGCGGGACGGGAAGACCCAAGAGCGUGCUCGAGCUGGGUUGUGGGCACGGGUUCCCGGGUAUUGUUGCUCUCCAACAAGGUGUACGCGUGUGCUUCUCGGACUUCAACCGCGAGGUGAUCGAACAGGUUACCAUCCCCAACGUCAGGCUCAACGUCGAGGCACAUCACUGGCCGCUGGCAGAGUACUAUAGCGGGGAUUGGAGCUCUUUGUCCCCUCUCCUUGAAGAGAGGGAUGGAGGCGGGCUCUUCGAUCUCAUCCUCACGGCGGAGACUCUCUACACCACUGCGGUUGCCGACAAGGUCCUCGACAUGGUGGCGAGACACCUUGCACCGGGCGGGCAAGCCCUGGUGGCCUCCAAGCGGUUUUACUUCGGCACCGGGGGCAGCACGCAGUAUUUUCGAGAGGUGAUUGCCGCCAGACGUUGUUCUGCUGCUGCGGAGGCGUCCAGGAGGCUGGUGUGCUCCGACGUGGCCGUGAUCGACACAGGGAAAGGCAACAUCCGGGAGGUGUUGAGGGUUUCCUGGGAGGAACCGGAGGAGGGGGCGGAGCCCGGGGUGACGGAGAGCGCGCGUGUAGCUGCGGCUGUACAUACACGUAGGGAUACGGAUAGGGGUGUGUUAGAGACGGGAUGA